AUGAUGAGCUGUGAACGACGGGUCGUUUCGAUUGGCGAUGUUUCGAUGUCGGCGUCAGACAACCUCACCCCCUUGGUUCCAACUGUGCCGCCUCGGCGCGGUGGCUUGCAUCGAGAGGGUGGGGACCUGCCCUCCUCAGAGUUGGCCACCCUCCGGUGGAUGAUGCAAAAGGCCUUGCUGCGGCAGGAUAUGUUCUUGCUGGGGCCGCCUGGACCAUUGCUUAGGCACACUGUGUUUCGCUUCUGCGAGCUGCUGCGUCGCGAGGUCGAGUAUGUUGACAUCACGAGGGACACAGGCGAGGCAGACUUAAAGCAACGCUGCGAGAUUUGCAGCGGAAGUCUGAAGUACGUUGACCAAGCUCCUGUGCGAGCAGCUAUCCACGGUCGAGUCUUAGUGCUCGAAGGAAUCGAGAAAGCAGAGCGGAAUGUGCUUCCAUUGCUGAACAAUCUUCUUGAGAAUCGUGAGAUGUCGCUUGAGGACAGGCGCUUCCUCCUGGCGCCAGAGCGAGCAAAGCAGCUGCGUGCGCAGUUCGGGAGCCACAAGGAGUUCUCGCAGCUUGUGCCCGUGCACGAAGACUUCUUGGUAGUGGCGCUGGGGAUGCCGGAGCGAGGAAAUCCUUUGGAUCCUCCGCUGCGCUCCCGCUUUGCGGCACUGCAGCUUCCAUCGUCUCUACCCUCGGAGUUGGUUGGCUCCCUUGCACAGCUGGCACCAUCGCUGCCAACCUCAAGCGUGGAGAGGCUGCUUGCUGCAGCGGCCACGUUGCAAGACCUUGCAGAAGGUGAUCUGGACUCCCUCAAGAUCCCAGGCCUUGACAUCGCCGGCCUUGGGUGUGCAGUGCGUGUACUCGAAGCAUUUCCAGGAACAGACAUGCAGAGCGUCUUCAAGCGCGUCUACCCCGCCGCUGAGAUUGUCCCGCUGCAGGAGCAGGAAGUGGCUCUCAUCAAGAAGGUCCUGGCUGAGCUCCAAAGCAGCUCAGUGAGUUACUCCCUUGAGGAUGUGAGCCUCGCACACGGGGAGGUGAGCGAGAAGUUACCAGCAGCCCGCCUGCGCUUCCGGAAGUGUGUUUCGGGAAGACAUACGGACAAUGUGGUCGAAGCUUUGGCAGCAUGCGGGCCAUUCCUGAGGGCGUCAGACCACAAGUCUGAGUCUGUCAACCUGGAAAAGGAUAUCGCGAGUGAGGAGGGAGAGGCGCAUCAGCUGCGAUCUCUCAGCGCAAAGGAGCUGAGAACAUGGCUCUCUGUCCGUGGUGUCUCGCACACCGGCUGCUUUGAGAAAGCAGAGUUCCUUGCAAGGGCCCAG